CAACGUCAUGGUAUGUUACUUUUGGCAACAACCUUCUACCAACAUGAAAUCCACUGUUACGACGUAACGUCCAAGUAAGCAGCAACUAAAAACUAGGAAGAAUGGCUUCUAUUUUUCGUGAUAUUCUGAUGGACGAUAUCGAUGACCCUCCAGAGACAGACUGGCAGACAGGAAAGGCACUUCCGGAACGCUUGGUGUACUUGCUUACAAAUGAGGUGUUGGUGGAUGUCAAAUUUAUCGUAGGUUCCAACCAUACAGAGGUUAACGCCCAUAAAAACAUUGUAGCAAGUGCGAGUCCUGUAUUUUUUGCCAUGUUUGCUGGUCCUUUGGCAGAACAGACAGAAGUUGCUGUUCCGGAUAUUGAGGCAGAUAUAUUUAAACAAAUGUUGAGGCUAAUUUAUGCGGACACGUUUUCCCUGAACGAAGAAAAUGUUUAUGGACUUCUUUAUUGUGCGGAUAAAUAUCUCAUCCAAAGCAUGAAAACGGCAUGUGUGAGGUUCCUUCAUUCCCUGAUAGAUUUGAACCGUGUGUGGAAUGUGCUACAAACAGCCAUUGAUUUCUCCCUCGAUGAUCUUAAAUUAGAAUGCCUGCAAUACAUUUCAAGAGACACAAUUAGAUGCUUAGGGUCGAGUCAGUUCCAUAGCCUUGGCAAAGACUGCUUUUUAGAGGUAAUACGGUACGAAAGACUAUCAUGUAAAGAAGAACUUGUAUAUGAAAGUAGUAUAAAUUGGGCUGCAAAUCAGUGUCGAAAACAGAAUAUUUCGGAAAAUGAUGAAAAUAUAAGAUCAGUUUUGGGAGACGUAAUUUUUGCCAUAAGAUUUCCACUUAUGGAUGUAGAAUACUUUGCUAGGAAUAUCACGGUCAAAAAUAUUCUAACAAAAGAUGAAAUACUAUCAGUAUUCCAGUCUAUUCAUACUAAAUCAGAAGGCUUGUUUUCUUCCGAAAAGCGAAAACAAACCAUGCGCCUUCUCCGAAAUAUUAGCCAUGCUGAUGGCUCUGUAGAAAUUAUCCAGCGAUGUAUGGACAAUUCUGAACAUCUUUUUGCAGCAGCGGAUAUAUAUUGUAAAACAUCAGAUAUAAAUCUCCAUGGCGUUAUUGUCUACGUUCCGCCAUCGAGAACUAUUCAGACAAAGGUCAGUUUAAGACUAAAGAGGUCAAUAAAACAAGAGGACAUCGAUAUAGAUUCUCUGCAUUAUAGACCAAGGGGCUAUCAGGAUUACGGAGAUAACUUAAUGAAUCAGCAUGGUGGAGACGAUCUAUCGAAUGUAGAAAACUUUACGAUAGCCCAAGACCUUGAUACACACAAUGUCCCGUUUGAUAGACAUCAUACACUCAAGAGAAAUGUCUGGUAUAGAAUAGAAGCAACAAUAAUCUUUAAACCACAAUGGGGAAACUUCUCCAAUCGAAAUAGAAUUAAGAACAGUAUGAAUAGAUUAAGUUCGGCAUACACAACUUCAAGCGACACGUGUCAAGUGGAAAAUGUGACGCAUGGCAAUACUAGUAUAGUCUUCAGGCAUAUCAUUGGCAGAGAUCCGGGACAGCCAUUGAUUCAUACUCUCAUCUCUGGUCUAAUGAUCAGCGAGGUUUGAUCUUAGGGGACAUUGAGACUUGGUCAGCCUGAAUUGUAUAGUGACAAUAAUUCAGUUUUUAAUAAUAAAUAAUAUCACUAA